CUUCAAGGACUUGCUACAGAUGUUCAUCUGGGAAACUGGAGCUCUCAACUGGACCAGCAACCCCCAUGCCUAGCAAACCCCAUCCCCGAAAACCAGCAACCCCAUCCCCAGCAAACCACAUCCCAGGUUCAAUUCGUCUUUGAUUCGUCUUCGGUUCUUCUUUGGCUUCGGGUUUUAGUAGAGAGAAACCAUGGAUUCGUCUUUGAUUCUUCUUUGGCUUCGGGUUUCAACAAAGAGAAACCAUGGCCAUGA